AACGCGCAUGUGCAGUUUCUACUUUAAUCCGAUUGGUCCGUUUCAAACUGAAGACCGCGACUGUGCUGUUCUGCUUGACGAGCUCAACGUUGGUUAGCAACACAACAGUUUUACUUGCUUUUAAAACCCAAUGUUCCGAAUAUAACUGCGGCGAUGAUGGAAUCAAGCCUGAACACCAAGGCUUACAAACCUGAGCAGGUAGAGGUCUCACCAGAAUUCCAUGCUUGCUUGGAGACUCAGCCCUCUGAGCAACAAGAACACUUGCAGGUCUACCUCCGCAUCCGACCUUUCACUUCAGCAGAGAGGGAAACUGGAGAGUCUCAGGGCUGUGUUAUCAUCGAGCCCCCUGACACUGUUCUCCUGAAACCUCCCACCUUAGGAAGGCUGAGCACUGACAAAUCACUCCCACAGACUGGACAGCGCUUCCAAUUUUCUAAGGUGUAUAGUCCUGAAACAACACAGGGGGAGCUUUUUGAAGGCACAGUGAAACAUUUUGUUAGGGAUGUUCUGGAAGGGGGGAACUCUCUCGUUUUCACAUAUGGAGUCACCAAUGCUGGAAAGACCUACACGUUUCUAGGUCCAGAUGGUGAAGCUGGUAUCCUACCAAGGUCUCUUGAUGUAAUCUUUAAUAGUAUAGAUGAACAGAUCUUCGCUGGGAUUGAAAUCAAACCUCAGCGCUGCCGAGAGUUCACAAGACUCACCAGAGAGCAGCAGGUAGAGGAAGCGACAUUCAAGAGGAAUCUCUUCAGACAACUCAAAGAGAGUGAGAGGUGCAAUUCCAGCUUGAUGAAUUCCACCAAUAAGACUUUCCUUGAAGGCUCAGUGAUGACAGCAGAAGACAGAAUAAGUCUGGAGAUCGACACACAUACAAAAUUCUCCAUUUGGGUUUCUUUUUGUGAAAUCUACAAUGAGAACAUUCACGACCUCCUGGACGUGCUACCCACCGGGGCCCUGAGGCGGACGGCACUGCGUCUGUCACAGGAUGUCAAGGGCAACGCUUUUGUCAAAGAUCUGCAUUGGGUUCAGGUAAAUAGUGCAGAGGAGGCGUAUAAGGUGAUGAAGCUGGGCAAGAAAAAUCAGAGCUUCUCCUCCACUCGACUCAACCAGCUGUCUAGCAGGAGUCAUAGUAUUUUCUCCAUUCGGAUUUUGAGGAUAGAAGAUAAAGGAACUCCAAGGGUUCACACAGUCAGCGAGUUGUGUCUGUGUGAUCUGGCUGGCUCAGAGCGAUGUGCCAAGACACUCAACAAAGGAGAGCGCCUAAAAGAAGCUGGAAACAUCAACACAUCACUGCUCAUCCUGGGAAAAUGUAUCAACGCACUGAGACACAAUCAACAGCAGGCCAAGCUGAUUCAGCAUGUUCCGUUCCGGGAAAGCAAGCUGACCCACUACCUGCAGGGCUUUUUCUGUGGCAGAGGCAAAGCCUGUAUGAUUGUUAACAUUAACCAGUGUGCCUCCAUGUAUGACGAGACUACUAAUGUCCUUAAGUUUUCUGCUGUUGCACAAAAGGUUGUGGUGCUGCCCACCAGGCUCCUUCCCUUUAUUCCCCAAGCAUCCAUCCCCAUGAGCAAUACCGAGAAGAAAACAAUUCGGAGUAGUAAGGUAGAAGUAGCGGAGAGCAGGAGGAGCACCCUAAUUGUCUGGGAGAGCAGCCUGGAAGACGUACAGGUGGAUGAGAAUGAUGAGUAUGAGGAGGAAACAAGCUUCAUGGAAGAAACUAUGGAUCAGACAGGCAAUGAAGAAGUCAUUAGUGAAGAGACAUGCGAGGCUCAUGUGAAGCUGUUGAAACAGCUGCAGUUACAGCUCAAGACGGAGCGAGAGGAGAGUCUGCUUAUGGAGACACGAAUUAGAGAAGAAAUCAGCAAAGAGUUCUCUGAGCUGUUCUCUGAGAUGCAGAAAGACUACAAUGAACGCCUGGCAAGAGAGAGGGAAAUCUUGGAAGAGCGAGCAGAAAGAAGACUGGAGAUAUUUAAGAAUCUCAUUGACAAAAUGGCAGAAGCAGCACCAAGUCAAGAUGCACAAGCUAUGAACAUCUCUUUGGACUUCUACUCUUCUGAAUUAGCGGAUCUAAAUAAGACCAGUGCUUCCCACAAGUAUCUUGGUCUGCAGGAAGAAAGAACUGAUGCUAUGAAGGAACUGGACACGAAAGUGGUGCAACUGAGUGAGCUCCAGAAUAAAGUCCAUGAGCAGCGAGCUCACAACGGUGAUGCAGGUGGAACAGAAACUGAUAAAAGGAAGCUUUUCCUGCAGCUCCAGGAGAAGUCAUCUGAAGUUGUCCGACUGGAAGAACAAGUGGGAAACUUGCAGAGAGUUGCAGGGGGUAUUUCAAGGGAGGGAGAGCAGCUGCAGGAAGCCUUGGCUGCCCUUGAGAGAGAGAAGAAAGCCAAACAAGACACCCUUGCUGACUUGGCGUACCAGAGAAUGGGAAAAGAGGCGGCUCUGGCAUCCUUGGAGGAGGAGCGAAAGGCAAGGGAGGAGGCUGUUGUCACCAUAAGGCAGUUGAAGCGAAGCAACGAGGAGAUGGCAGCAUCCCUUAAAGAAGCACAAAAAGACAAAGAGAAAAGUAUGGCCAGCCUUGAAGAUGAAAGAAGAGCCAGACAGGAUGCAAUGGCAGCCCUUGCAGAUGUGAAGCAAAGCAGAGAGGAAACACUUGCUGCUCUUGGCGAGGAGAGGAGAGGAAAAGAGGAGGCUCAGUCUGUUCUGGAAGUGGAAAGGAUGGAGAUCAGCAGGCUGGUUAAAGAAAGACGACAAGAGGCUGAAGCACUCCAGCAUCAAGUCAGAGAGCUGACAGUCAAACUGGAAGCCAAGGAGCAUCAGGUGGUCUGUGAGCGGAAGAGAGCCGACCAGGCUCUAGCACAGCUGGACGGGCGUUCAAAGGAGAUCCAGGAGAAAACAUCUGAGAUCCACGAACUGACGCACGAAGUUGAAGCUCUGAAACAAAAACUGCAGAACUCUGCAGCCUCCUGUGGAGAUGUCAGAGAUCGGCUAAAAGAGGACUUGUGUGAUCUUAAGAAGCAGCUAGCUGAGGAAAAGGACAAAUGUGAAAGCAUGCAUAAACAAUCUCUGCAGUUGGAGCAUGAGCUAAAACAGACAAAAGAAGAGUUGCUACACAAGCAGCAGGUCUUUGACCAGCAGCUCGAACAGUUCACAGAGAAGCUUAAUCAACAGGAGAUUGCUUUAAAACAAGUUGAAGGGCUGAAAAAGACGCUUCAGCAGCAAAAAGAGAUGAUGCAGCAUCCAUCUGAUGAGCUUAGAGCUAAACUUGAACUCCAAGACGAGACGUCAAAAGAAGUAGAACAACUCAAAGCAAAGCUUGACGAACAAGCUCAAGCCACGAGAAAGCAGAUGGAGGAGCUAAAUGAUAGGCUGAAUGAACAAAAGGUUGUGUCACAACAGCAGAUGGAGUUGAAAAGCAAACUUGCUGAACAAAAAGAAACCUCUGACAAACUGUUGGAUGAUCUAAAACGAAAGCUGGCUGAGCAGGUGCAAAUGGCUGAGCUGCUCAAGGUGGAACUACAAGAGUCAAAGUUAAAAGGUUCAGAUGCUGACUCUGCUGCUGAAGAGCUUCAGAAGUUGAACUCUGAUCUGCAGACUGAAGUUGCUUCCCUGAGGGCAAAGAUGUCCAGUGUGGAGGAAAGAAAAGAAUCUACUCACAAAACUGAAGCUCAGCUAGCCCGCUUAGAGACAGAGAGAGUGCUAAGACAAGAGAACAAGCAGAUGGAAGAGAAGCUAGCAGAGGUGCAAAAAGCUUCAGGGCAGAGAGAAGCAGACCUGCAGAAAAUGCUGCUGGAAAAAGAAGCAUUGGUGACAUCCCUGCAGAAGAGUUUGCGGAGAGCAGAGGAGCGGCGGGGGGAGGAGGACAGCCAGGCCGUCCAGGAGGCCCGGCGCAUAGAGGUGGAAAGGCGCAGGGAGCUGCUGGCUGUGGCACACGAGGCCAUCGCUCAAAAGGAUGCAGAGCUGGAGAAAAAGGCGGAGGAGAUCAGCAGACUAAAAGAAAGUACCAAACAGGAUGCUGAGAGAGUCAAGAGCCUCAGCCUCGACCUUCAGAGGAAAGAGGAUGAUGUAUCAGACCUCAAAGAGAAGCUGGCUGACUACAAGAAGCAGAUUCAGCAGAUCCAAAAAGAGAUCUCAUCCAUGAGAGAAGAGGAGAAGGUUUUGAGGCAGAAGCUGGUAGACACAGAAAAAGUUAAGAAGCAGCUUCAGCUGGACCUCACCACCAGAGACAGAACUAUCCAGCAGCUGAAAGUGGAACAGUCAUCUGACAUGAAGUCUGACCAGACACUUCAGCUGUACCAGAAGGCCUGUGAAGAACUUAAAACCAAAGAGCGUGUGAUGGAGGACAUGCGCUUGGCUCUGACCGAGCAGGAGGAGACGCAGGAGCAGAUGGAGCAGGUCCUGGAGGAGAAACUCAACCACAUCCAAGAGCUCUGCAGAGAGGUGGAAAAACUCAAAGGGAUUUUACUGCAGCAGGACCAUGGACAAAACACGCAACACAUGGACAACCCUUCAGAUGACCUCAAACUGGCCAAGGAGGCAGCUGCUCACAACCUAGAAAACCUGAAGCUGUCUAGAGAGAAACACCAGGCGGAGCGCAAGAAGUGGCAGGAGGAGAAGCUGUACCUGAUUGGCCAAGCAAAAGAAGCUGAGGACAAGAGGAACCAGGAAAUGAGGAAGUUUGCUGAAGACAGAGAGCGCUACACUCGGCAGCAGAGCCAGUUGGAUUCCUUGUCCUCCCAGCUUUCGGAGAAGGAGCAGACGAUGGAGAAAUGGAGGAAAGAGCGAGAUACUCUGGUAGCAGCUUUGGAGGUCCAGCUUAAGAAGCUUCUGUCCAGCCAAGCAGAGAAAGACAGUGUGAUCCUACAGCUACGACAGAAUAGCUCCCAGUUACCACAGGAGAGAGCUGAUGGUAAUGGUGGCGUUGGAGUGGCAGAGCUGCAGUCUGCUUUGUGUGAGAAGGAGGCAGAGAUCCUGCGACUGAAGGAAGAGCUCACGGCCUCGUCAGCCAAGAGGGGGGACGCAGUCACACAAGUAUUGCUGACUAAAAGCACUGAGACUGCUGCUUCUCUGAUCCAUCAACCCCAGAGUGAAACCAUUAACAGGAAGUCUGCAGGAAGAAGAGCUGCCAGAGCGUCAGCCAGCAGUCAGGGUUCAUCUGGCUAUCCGUCAGUGCUGGACUCCUCUGAGAUCUCCACAGAGAACGGCAAGACGAGCCGCUUCCCACAGCCGGAGCUGGAGAUCUCCUUCAGCCCUCUGCAGCCGAACCGCAUGGCCCUGCGACGUCAAGGAGAGGAGAAUGCAGUCACCGUCAAAAUCACCCGCUCUGCACGCAAGAGGAAGAGCACGGAGAUGGAGAAGUCUCACAUUUUCAGGAGGAGUAAGCGGCGCACAGCACUUGAGGAAGAAGUUGAGGCACAGAACCGAAGAAACACCAGAACCAAACUGACCCCAAAGUUGACCCCACACCAGGAGGAGAUUCCCUCCCCAGCAGGACGCCAUGACUCUCAGAGCAGCAUCCGCAGCAGAACAGAGGGAACGCUGCAGAAAAUCGGAGACUUCCUGCAGAGUUCUCCCACGCUGCUCGGCUCUAAAGCCAAAAAGAUGAUGAGUCUGGUGAGCGGACGGGCUGAUGCAGCUUCAGCAUCGUCGUCAUCCCUCAGACUCAGAGCCAAGAAGAGCAAAAAGAAACUGUACAGACCGGAAAUCUCCUCCCCCAUGGACAUGCCCUCCCACCCAGUAAGCCGCUCACACACUCCUUCAUGCAGCUUGGUUUAGAUCUGUUCUUCCCUCUGACUGAAACUCAGUGUCACUCCUGGUUUGCUACGCAGCACUGUUUUAUUAGCAUCAUUUGAGCUUAAAAGCUUGUGUCUGUUCCUGUUCUUUGUCGUCUAAUGGUCUAAAUUAGGUGCUUAGUCUUGUGAUUGGUGGUUGAGUGUGUGUCUGUGCUUCAAAUUAUCAGCCGGGAGCCAGAAGAGAAGGAGAGCGACCACCAGAUCAUUAAGAGGCGCCUUCGCUCUAGAAUUGCUAAAUAAUCUUCAUACAGCCCAAUGUGAAUACACACUACUGCUAGUCCAUCCUUUUACAGGUUUGACCCAUGUACAGCUGCUCUGUUCAACAUGAAGUUUUGCUCUAUUAUGCACUUUUCUGUUAUGCUGUCAUUCAUUCUGCCUACAGCCUGGAGAUGGUAGUAGCUCAGAAACUUGUGUCAUCAUCAUCUUCUUGUAUAGAAUAAAAGGAGACCUGUUCAUAUCUGCGUUGAUCCUCCACCUCCAGCACAGAGCAGCACUCCUGCACCUGUAAACCUAAAGUACAGACUCACUGCUCAACCAGUGGAAUGAGUCAACGUCCUUUGAUCAGUAGUCGUUUUUUUGUUUAUUAUAUUUUGUAUCACAAAUCUGCAUGUGCAAUAUUUACCACUACAGAUAUUAACACUGAUUCAUACUCCAACAAUGUAGCCAAGCUGUAUAAAGCGAAAAUGAUGUGUAACAAGUAGAGAAAAUAAACCUAGCUGCUAAUUUAUCAA